AUGGGUAAUUCGGCAGCUCAUAGAAAUAAUUCAAAAGCAGUCUCGACUGCUAUUACAUCAAAAGAUCCAAGUUCAUUUGUUUAUCAAGAUUUAAUUUUUCAUGUUCAAUUAAUUCAAUAUCAAAUGAUUGAAAUCUCCAAAUAUCUUGAUGAUCAAUGGAAAAAGAAACAGAAGAUACAAGAAGGGAGUGAUUUAGGGAACCUCAAUUUGUGGGAAAUCAUGCUCCUUCCACAACAAGAAUUGAAAUCACGUUCAAUAACAUUUGUUGAUCCAUAUGGUAAUUCAAUGACUAAUAAAUAUCUGGAUCAUAAGUUUAUCAGUACAUUUGUUACGAAAUAUAAAAAGAAUUAUGUACCAAAAUAUUUACAAAAGUGGAUUAAAAUUGGAACAAUGAAUCAAAAUAAUAUUUCGGCAUUUAUUAAUUCAGAACUGAAAUCAUCUGUAUCUGAAUAUCCAGAUGGUUAUCAAUUUAUUACAUAUGGUGAAGUAAAAAUCUUGAUAAUAAAUUAUGAAGGGAUAUCGUCUCAACAAUUGAUUCUAUCAGUUCUUCUAACAGAUACUAUAGAAAAGAUUCAAAUGCAAAUAGAGAAACGUCUAAAGUUGUCAAAUAUUCAACUAAAAUCUUUUAUAUUAGAUCAAGAUUCUCAAGUAAAUAA